GCCAGGAGCAAAAAAUCCUCCAAGCGUCUGAUUCUGAACGGUUGUGCGAAAGAAAACUUUUCAGUGACAUAAUUCUUGGACUUCAAAAGGAAAACACGGCGUUAAAAGAUGAAACUUUGAAGCAUCGCACAUCAAUAAUGAAAUUAAAAUGUAAAUUAGCAAAGACAAAAUCAGUUCAUGAAAAUAAGCGGCCAUUUUAUACAAGUCAAUUAUGUUUACCCGUGACUCAACUUAUUCGACCGAGCAGUUUGUCACCAAUUAUAAGUUCCGACAAGGAACAUAUACCCAGCUCCAAUUCAUCAAGUAAAUCUGAUAUUACUUCUGUGAAAAAUGCAAGUUCUUCAAUGAGAAUUCAGAUCGUUGGUGCAGAAAAUACGGAAAACAUUAAAAGAAAGCGCUCAAGUCUUAAAAAUGAUGAUAGUGAGUUAUCAACGAAAACUAAGGAAGUACACAUCCAUGCAUCAUCCCCAGUCGCAGAUUUAACUAGAGAUAUUAAUAAAUACGAAUUAAAGGAAAAUAAUGAAUCAAAAUUUACAAUAGACAUUGCAAAAAAAUCAGAAACGCUUGAUUUUUCCAAGAAACAUAAAAAACAAAGAAAUGACUUAUAUUCAGAAACCAAAAAAGUUAGCGUUUCAGACGGGAGUGAUGAAAAAUCUAACAACCAAGUCCAAAAUAAUUUAAGGCGCUUUGAGCAGAAGAAAUUAAAUGUAAAAAACAGUUUUCAUAAGAUUGAAUAUAAUGAACAAACAAAGUCUGAAAUUCAGCAAACAGUAUCAGUUCAAAUACAGGAGUCAUCAGAAACAUUUGGCGAUCACGUCAGUGAAGUAAAACAUGAACAACAAUCCAUAAAGUAUAAUAGCGUCCAUAACGAAAUGAAUAAAAAUCCACUAUUAGAUAAGGUAAAGCCGGGAAAAAUAAUGCAAAUACCAAAUGUGCUUAUAGAUGUUGAUACAUCAGAUAUGUAUGAAGGAACUUUUAAAGAUAUUGCUAAAAAGAUGAAACCUCUGGAAGAUUGCGUCUUAUAUAGUAAACGCGUUCCUAAUAUUUACUACGCUGAACCAACGUCUUUUGAAUCUGCUCCUCAAGGAGAUAUUCCAAAGUUUUGUACAAAUUGUAAAAUAUCUGUCGAAAAAGAAAAAUUCUGCAGCAAUCAUGUUCAUGAGUGCUCUUAUUUUAGUCGUAAUAAUAUUUCCAGUCCAAGACCUUGCAGAAAUGUUAGAGAUGAAAGAUCUGAUGUUUCAGUAAUUUCUAGUGUUAAUUCUUCAAAUUCACAACGUAGUAAAAGGAACAGGCGAAAUUCAGGGAAGAUCAACAACAUCAACAUUGAAGACAUGGAUGAGAAUGAGUUAUUUAAAAAAGUGUGUAAAAGUUUAGGUGUGCCUUUAACGCCCAUUAGUUCAGAUGCUGAACGUGGAUUUACGAAUAGAUUUUUUGGCAGUAAAGAAAAGGCAAAGCAAGUUAAUACAUUUUCUUUGGGCAGUUCACCCAAACAAAAUGGUAGUAGUGACAAAGGACUUGAACUGACAAAUACUAAUUUAGAUGAAUCUGCACUAUCGACGUUGAGUGAUAGUUCUAGAGAUUGCGCCACGCCUGAUUCUUUGAUUCUAAAUUCUAGCAGCUCUUCUAAAUCAAAAUUAUAAGGUUUGCAGCAAUAUUUUUGAAAAUUUUUAAGAUGUGUUGUAAAUGUUGAAUCAAACAAAAAAGUAAUGUGAAAUUAAAAGAGAACGUGUAAAAAUAUAUAUCU